AAAAUAUCCAAACCAUUUAGCGAUUCUUAACCGUUCUGCGGUUCGCCGGAGACUUUAAUGGCGAGCCAAGGAAUGGUGUCUCUAUGCGUUAUGACUCCAAGAGUCCCCCUCAAGAACCCAAAGAAACGGUUAUGUCAUCACCGUGUCUUAUGUUCAAAGCUAUCUCAAUGGGAACCAUCAACUCUUACUCAAUCUUCUACAGAAGAAGCUGGUGGUUUAGUAUUAGAAAAAACCAAGAACGUGUUCGAGUCUAUUGUAUCCGAGUCCGAAGAGGAGGAGAAUGUAGUUUCAACGCAGCUUUUUAAAUGGCCAAUAUGGAUUUUAGGCCCAUCUGUUCUACUCACAACCGGUAUGGCACCUACUCUAUGGCUUCCAUUAUCAUCGGUUUACAUCGGUUCAAAAGUGGUUAGUGUGCUUUCACUGAUCGGUUUGGAUUGCAUUUUCAACCUCGGAGCAACGCUUUUUUUACUAAUGGCUGAUUCUUGCGCACGUGCGAAAGACACAUCGCAACCUUGCGAGAGUCAACCACCGUUUAGUUACAAGUUUUGGAAUGUUUUUGCACUCUUAACCGGGUUUCUCGUACCAAUGAUACUUCUCUUGGGAUCCAAAACCGGUUUACUCGGUUCACUCCAACCUGAGGUUCCUUUCUUGUCUGUGGCUGUUCUCCUCUUCCCUUACUUCAUCCUCCUCGCGGUUCAGACGCUAACGGAGAUCCUCACGUGGAGCUGGCAAUCACCGGUUUGGUUAGUGACGCCAGUUGUCUACGAGGCGUACCGAGUUUUGCAGCUGAUGAGAGGGUUGAAACUAAGCGCAGAGGUUAAUGCACCGGUUUGGGUGGUUCAUAUGAUUCGUGGGCUUGUGUCUUGGUGGGUGUUGAUCGUGGGGAUGUGCAACUCAUGAGAGUUGCUUGGUUUGCUGGUUUUGCAUCUCGAACAACAACAACAACUCAGCAACCAGAAUCACCUGUUGCUUCAGAGUAAAGACAGUUUCUUUCGUUUACCUUUGAAGCCAAUCAUGUCAGAAGAAAGAUCUGUAACUCUUUAUGGUAUGUAAUUAUGUAAAGCUUUUAUUGUUGGUGAUUAUAACAAAAAACAUAUUUCUUUAUAUUCGAUUUUAUAAAUUUGUACAUUUUUC